AUGAACUUCAAGGGAUCUGGCCCCGUUCUCUUUGUGCUCCUGGCCGUGGUGUUCAUCGUUGGGACCUAUGCCGCCGACUAUCAGACCUUCCGAAGGCAGCACUACGACAAUCCCAGGAGCAACGGUCCUGACAACGACACCAAGAAUAACAUCAUAUCUGUAUGUGGCAGUGGAGGGGAGCCUUAUGGGACGAGAUUGCGGCGUAGCAAGAAACAGUUCUCUGUCACCACCUUCAAGCUCACGGGGGCCUCGACCCGUCCACCUUGUAACUAUAGAGAGAACAAGUCAAAUAGAUAUAUUGUUAUUGCCUGUGAUAAUAAUUUGCCUGUACACUAUGACGAAGGUCAGAUCUAA